AUGUACUUACCGGAGUGGCAAGAUGUCCUACUGCAGACUAGUAUGAACAAGCGCUUACAACAGUUCAACGACCUCACUAGGAUAGCGUUCAAGCAUGGCGAGAGUGAUGUGAGAACGUUGCAUGGUGGAGUAUUGUUCCUUGGGAGGAACGUGGAUGACCCGCAGUUCAUCUUCCGUAACCCUAAGCAAGAGCUCAGUCAGAGACCUAACGUCCCCAAGUUCACUCAAGCCGUUAGGAAUGCCGUUGCCAGUAACGCGAUGAAGGAAGUGCGGUAUCUAAAAGCCUAUUGUCCCAAGGCGUGUGUGGCUAGUUGGAACACGUUCGAAGGGGUUAUUCAGGACUUCGUCGCCAAACACCCGUCCACCUCCCACGUUGAUUGUCGAGAUAUCGAUCCUGAGGUGGCGCGAGAUGCAUCACUCAUCAUCAUGGCCCUGAGAGAUACGGAUGCUCAUGAGGACAAUAUGAUGCGGGAUAAGCUGGGUAGGAUUGCCUUGUUCGACCUUGGAUGUGCCUUGGCUGACCGUCCACUGCCCAGGGAUGACAUGACUCAGGAGUAUCUCGAUAACUUUGCUAUCUGGCAUCAGAAUCCUCUACUCCUGGACGUUCCCUUCACCCCAAAGCAUGUGCGCUAUCUUAAGUCACUCGACUUCGAUAGGCUGAAGAAAAUCUGGGUAUACUAUACGUAUCCCCAAUAUGUGGUCGCGGAGUAUGAUAGAGCCAGACGACGCGAGAGGCUGCGGAGGUCAUCUCAGAAUCGCCAUGCUCAGCAUCGUUCGAAGAGCCUCACUAAUCCUGGUCCA